AAGAAAGUGAACCAAAAUGGCUGAUGAUUGUACACAGAAAUUUCGUCGCUAUAGCUGAUGUGUAAAAUUGUACUCUCGUGGUGUCAUUCCCUGGUGUCUAGUGAUAUACACAUUGUAGACUCUUUAUAACCACGAAGUAUACAGUUAUGACACAAAUAUUCUCCAAAAUUCGAGCAGAUGUUGCUACCGAAUUCGUCAAAAGAUUUCCCGAACAUUAUGAUUUUGUUGGCAUGUUACGUCGUGUCGGUGAUGAUCUUGGUGUCCGUGUAAUAAAGAGGCCUGACUACUACCGUUUGGAAGGUCAGUGGUUACCAAUGGGUCAAAUUCACGACACGUUGACCAGGACACUGGCCAUAUACGGGACUUCGGUAACGAUACAUAAUUAUGAAAGGAGCACAUCGGACCAGUUCGAUGUCAAUAUCACGAAAAAUCUAGACACGCCCACUCCACAAAUUGACUCGAGUGUGGUUGGGAUCAAGCCGCAGAUAGCAACAGAUAUGAAAAUGACACAGGGAGUCAAUAUAAAUGUUAAUAGUUUGGACCCUGAUGAUGAUUGUGACGAGGAAAAUCACGAAUAUAACUCGCUGAAAAAUACUAUAUCAGAUAUUUGCUCAUCACUUGGUAAAGAGGAUGAGUUAAGCAAUGUUGACCAUCACAAUGAUGACGUUAGCAAGACAGGACAUUCAUUUGGAAAGGAAGGCUAUAGGCAGUUACCAGUAAUGAGAAAAAAUGUCUCAUCUAAAGGAAGUGAAUUUGAUGGUCUUAAUAUAUUAUCAUCAAGUAGAAAAUCUGCUACAAAAAAGAAAAACUCUAAGCACAGUUCCCCCACUUAUUCUAGACAGAAAGAGCUAUUGGAAGGACAGGACAAAAAAACAGUUUUAACAGAAAAGUGUUACACACUUGUCAAUAAGGACACAGGUGAUCCAAAAAUAUAUCAAUGUGUGGAUUGUGAUUUUACACACAAAAGUAUCACAGCGGUUAGAGAGCACUUUUCACGCAUGCAUCGGGCAAAACCCACUAAAUGUGAUGUCUGCCAUAAACUGUUCCCUAGUGAAAGGUAUGCCAAGCGCCACUGUCGCCUGGUCCACAGGGACACUCAGUACUGCUGUGAUGUUUGUGGAAAGACAUACAAGAUUCUACGAACCCUGGAAGACCAUCUAAAAUCUCACAAUGACGGUUAUGUAAAACCAGAUUUUCCCUGUGAUAUAUGUAAAAAGACUUUCUCUUCUCAUUACGUUCUAAAGUGUCACAUUAAGUCUAUACAUUAUGGAGAAAAUCGUACGUAUCUGUGUCCUGUAUGUGGCAAAAGUUUUACAACCAAACACUCGCUAAAUAUGCACCAGAAUAUCCAUUCUGGAAAUCGUCCAUUUACCUGUAACAUUUGUGGAAAAGGCUUCAUGUAUGACUCGGCUCUUCGAGAUCAUAAGUUCAUACAUUCAGGUAAAAAGAAAUUUGAAUGUGAAAUAUGUUGCAAAGCAUUUCAACAAAGAUCUGGGUUGCAAAUGCAUGCAAAAAUUCAUAAGGAGAAGAAGGCCUAUGAAUGUAAAGAUUGUGGACGUGCCUUCAUACAGAAACAGUCUCUUCAGAGACAUGAGAGGUCACACAAAGGGGAGAAGCCAUUUUUCUGUAAGGUUUGUGGACGAUUCUUUGGCGAUUCAGGAAUAAUUCGCCGUCAUUUAAUAAUGGUUCACAAAAUCAAUAAAGAUACUAAGUCUUGGAGAGAAGACAUUGUUGAGAAGGGUCGAGAGAACACAGAAGAGGCCAAAGGGGAGGAUGCUAUUAGUUUGGAUGCCAAGAAAUAUUCUGACCUGAGCAAGACAAAGACACAAGAGCCACAAAAACAAAAGAUCAUGGAAAAUAUAGAUGAUGAGACAAAUCAGUCAAGUGUUUCUCACCUGAAAUUUCAGGAAGAUAGUGUUGCAGGCACAGUUACACAGCCUUCUGAUGACACGGGAACUCUCAAGGCACUGGGCACAUCUCCAACACUUGAGUCACUACCCACAUCUCCAACUUCCUCGUCCCCGAAUUUACUACAGGGGGCUGCUGAACCAACAUACCUCCCCGAUGCCCAGGCCUUUAUCACCAAUGAAUAUUGCCGCCCCAUGCCUCUCCCCACGCAGUUACCUCCCCUGGUUACCAGUCAGGGAGUAGAUGUAACAUCCUAUAGUUUACAUCCUCAUCAACAUUCAUCCUACCUGAAUCCUCCACCCUCCAGCCACAUGGAGCCGAGUAGAUACCACUACCCUAUGCCCUGUUCUCAGCAGGCUGUUGGUAUUGUUGCUGAUGCACGUUGUACAUUGACACAAACAGAACCAAACAAUCUAAGCCUACCCCGAGUGGACAGUGUUUUGAAUAAAUGCCUUCAUGAUAUGGAACCUCCUGAAAACUUGUCCAUAUCUUCACUGUAUGCAUACUAUACAAGUCUAGCUUCACAAUAUCUCAAUGCUUCUCAAUACCAAGGCUAUGGUGAGUCAGAUUCGAUAAGACCUGACCAGGAGUAACAAACAGUCAUAUUCCAACACCUUGACCUAUAGGUAUAAAUAUUUAAUUCUGAAAAAGUGUAAAAAAAAAAAUGUUUCUGAUAUAUAAUUAACUCCAAAACUGUUGAUACAAUUUCAGGAGCUACACACAAUGAAGUAGUCCCACUCUAUCAACUCUGACCUUGAAUUUAUUAAUGGUGUCACAUUAAGCUUUACCAAGAAUAUUUUAUUGUGUACAAAUAAUGCUCCACCAACCCUAGCCAUGAUUCAGAAAAUUGGGCCACACUGUCAACAUUUUUAAAUCAUGGGGUCACUCUGUGAGCCCCAGACAUGGAGUCACAUUCAGUAUCCAUGAAUUAUGGGCUCACACUGAUUGUCCAUGAAUUCUGGGUUCACACUGUCAACAUUGCAUGUCAAUGAAUUAUUGGAACAAACUGUCAACAUCAUGUUCAUGAAUUCUGGGGUCACAGGGGUCAACAUUAUCCAUAAAUAUUAUGGGGCCACACUGUUAGCUAUGCCCAUGAAUUAAGGUGUAAAUACUAUCAGCCAAUCAUUACCAUGAAUUUUGGGGCCAUAACUAUUUACUAUCAGUUCUGUCCAUGAAUUAAGUGGUUACACACUGUCAGUUUUUUACUGUUCUAUCAACCUUGUGAGUUCACAACAUUCAUACUCUCAAUUAAGAGAUAACACUUGAUCAAUGCUGACAAUUGAUGAAUAUAUAUAAUGACCAAUCAAUUUUAUUCAGUAUUUAAUUGCUGUUUUUAAAAUACAUGUACUCUUUAACUGAAUUUAAAACAUAUUUGUGAUGUCAUCUAUUGUUAUAGCAUGGAGUAUAGAUGAGAAUGUCUACUUUUAUCACCUACAGUUUUGGAAUAGUUGGAAUUUACAGUGGAAUAGUUACAAACUAUUCAACACUAAUCCAAGAACUAUUACACAGUUGAAGGUGAUAAAAGUAGAUCUGUCUCAACUAAACUCCGUGCUACAACAAUAGAUUGUUUUGAUUUUGAAAAAAAA